CCAGUCGAAGAAAGACAAGACGACCCUGUAGUGUUUCUUGCGCAGAAUUUACACAAACGUUGCAGAUCGAUGUUUUCCAAGUUGGGUUAUCAGUGUUGCGAUGUAAAGGGAGUUAAUUUUGCUGUUAGAAACGGAGAAGUUUUCGGUAUGAUCGGCCAGGCUGGAAGCGGCAAAUCUACAGUGGUGAACAUGCUGUCGGGAUUUACGGUUAUGACAAAGGGAGAUUGCUACUUGGACGGAUAUUUUCUAAAUAGCGAAAAAAACAAGUAUUUAAGAGAACUGACCUUUUCCACGCGAUUGGAAGAGACGGACGAAUUCCUCACAGGUUAUGAGAACGUGAAGCUUUUGGCCAAACUACACGGUCAUUCGCCAAAAGCUGCUGAACAACUCGCGUUAUUGUAUUUGCAGUAUAUGGGACUUCAAAUGUACACGCACGUCCGAGUGUCGUCGUACACUCCGGGCUGCGCGCGGCGCCUAGGUUUAGCGGGUGUGCUAGCCACAGCAUCUCGCCUCGUCCUGCUGGACUCGCCCACUGCCAACGUCGACACGUACAUGCGCCCACUCAUUUCCAGAGCCAUACAGCGUCUGAAAGAACGCAAUUGUAUUGUAAUUAUGGCUGAACAUAGUAUGCCAUGGCGUGAAACGGAGCAGAUAUGCUCACGGCUUGCAUUAAUAGUUCGAGGGCAGUUCGUAGCUAUAGAAUCUGUAUACCGGUUGCGGACCAAAUUCGCCUCGGGUUUCAUCGCCACUAUCAAGCUGAAAAUCGAUUCCGCCUACUUCGUUUUUGGUGACGAAAACGAAACAGAAACAAACACGUUGAGCAAUACGUCAGAUGUAGCAGCCACAGGUGCGUCAAUCGUUAAGAGGGAGUUUAUGGAGAUAUUUCCCACCAGCAAACUUAAGGACGAACACCUGUCGAUGCUCUACUUUCGUAUAGAAGACGAAAAUAAUUCCUUAUUAUAUAGCGAAAUGUUUAUGAAACUGGAACAGCUAAGAGCUAAGUUCAGCGACAUUAUCGAAGAUUACACUCUUAGCCAAACAUCAAUCGAGCAAGUUAUUGAAACUCUCGCUUCGGAACAAUAAGUCAUUAAUGCGACUGAGAAAUGAAGAGCUGGUCACAAACGCUAAAAUCAAAAACAUCGAAAGACCGUUUAAAAGAUAGUGAGAUUUACUCGUAUGGAUCGUAGGGUUGCGUCAUUUAUGACGUCUCCCAUUGUUACGAGAGGCUCUGACGCUGUAAUAUGCACAAAAUCUUAAGGCAUACCGCCGGGUAUUUGUUUGCAGUUUCGCGGCUGAAGCGAAUUCACAAUACUCGUCGGCAGUAUCUUUUGUUUUGUGAAAUUGGUUUCUGUCUGAUUACACACAGCACCAUAACAACAACGGCACUGCCGCCACUGCAGUGCUGCAGUUGUAGUUGCCAUUGCAUUUAUUCAUACUUUUUGGCGGGCGGCGAGCGCUGCCGCGAUUGUCUUCCAAGUUGAGUUGUUUUAAACUUUAGUUAAUUAUAUUUUUGAAAUUAAUU